UCAUUGAAGCCGGUCUGAACGGACCCGGGAUAGGUUUUGUUGGUCCAUCUCCGCUCAGCUGUUUCAUAACGCAGGAGGCGGUUCUGACCCGGGUCGGGGUCAAACCCGGGUUAUACUGAGGUUAUACAGUGGUUCUAUACAGUUAUCCCGGUUCGGUUCCGGUUCGGUUCUGGAGAUGUCCCGGGUUCUGAUCGUGGGCGCGGGUCUGACGGGCAGCGUGUGCGCGUGUCUGCUGGGGAGAGAGCUGCAGAGCAGAGUGCACAUCGAGGUGUGGGACAAAGCGAGGGGCGCAGGAGGCAGGAUGUCCACCAGUCGUCCUCCUGACCCUUCGUCUCACUCAGCUGACCUUGGAGCUCAGUACAUCACCGCCACAUCUGCCUACGCUCAGUCACACCACAGUGUGUACUCAGAGCUGCUGUCUGCUGGCGUCCUGCAGCCUCUCACGUCGCCGGUUGAAGGACUGAAGCACAGAGACGGGAACACGGACUACAUGACGCCGCUCGGCAUCGGCAGUUUGGUCAAACACUUCCUGUCUGAGUCAGGAGCUGAUUUGUUCUUGGAGCGUCACGUGACCGGCCUGUACCGCCGCGGUGCAUCAUGGGAGGUCCAGAGGAAGACGGGAGACAGCCAGAUGUUUGACGCCGUCGUCCUGACGAUGCCGGUCCCUCAGAUCCUUCAGCUGCAGGGAGACGUGGGACACAUGCUGUCUGUCCCUCAGAAGCAGCAGUUGGACGGGGUCGUGUACUCGUCUCGCUUCGCCCUCGCUCUCUUCUUCCCUCCAGAUGUGGUCUUCAGUUUUCCCUGGUCGGCUCGCUACGUCUCUGACAACCGCUGCAUCCGUUACAUCGCUGCCGACGCCCGCAAACGCAACGCAGACGCUCCCGGUCGCGGUCCGUCCCUCGUCGUCCACACCAGCGUCCCGUUCGGCGUGGAGCACCUGGAGCAGGACAAGGAGGACGUCCAGCCAAUCAUAUUACAGGAACUCAACAAGCUGCUUCCUGAUCUGCCUCAGCCAAUCAGCAUCAAGUGUCACAAGUGGAGGUACUCGCAGGUGCUGACCUCGGUUCCGGACUGUCCGGGUCACAUGACCGUCCUCGACAGCCCGCCGCUCGUCUGCGCCGGCGACGCCUUCGUCCACUCCAACUUCGACGGCUGCGUGGAGUCGGCGCUGAGCGUGCUCCGUGUGCUGAAGGACUCGCUGUGACGCCGCCGACGUGACAGGAAGUGACUCAGACUGGCAGGAAGUGACCUUUACAGUAAUCCGUAAUCUGUUCAACCGUUAAUGUAUUUUUUUUAAUUACAUUCACUUAUUAAUGUUUCACUUAUUGAUUGUUUGUCUUUAAAUAAAUAAAUAAAUGAAUCUAAUGUUCAGUAA